GACCCGCACCGGCACCGUAUCGACCCGCACCGGCACCGCAUCGGAACAGCAUCAGACCCUACAGCACCGCACCGGCACCGCAUCGGCCCCUACGGCGUCGGACCAGCACCGCACCCUACGGCAUCGGACCGUGCAGCACCGCACCGCAGUAUACCGCACCCUCCGGCAUCGCACCCCUCCGGCAUCGCACCCCUCCGGCACCGCACCCCUCCGGCAAAGUCCCGCGGGGCACCGCUCCCUCCGGCACCGCACCGCACCGCACCGCACCGCAGCGCACCGCUCCCUCCGGCACCGCACCGCACCGCACCGCACCGCACCGCUCCCUCCGGCACCGCACCGCACCGCUCCCUCCGGCACCGCACCGCACCGCACCGCACCGCUCCCUCCGGCACCGCACCGCUCCGCACCGCACCGCUCCGCUCCGCAGCGUGCCCGGCGGGACCAUGAUGGCGUGCGCCGAGCUGCUGGCCGUGUGCCUGCUGUCAGCCGACCGCGGCCCCGCGCCCCGCCGGCAGCCGCUCCCCAUCUUUCACGACAUCUUCCGUCGGGCCGACAAGAACGAUGAUGGGAAGCUGUCAUUUGAGGAGUUCAAGAACUAUUUCGCUGAUGGGAUCCUCAGCUCGGAGGAACUGUGGGAGUUGUUCAGUGGCAUCGACAGGCGUCACUCCGAUAAUGUGGACACAGAGAAGUUGUGUGAUUAUUUCUCAGCCUAUCUUGGAGAAUACAGGAAUGUGCUUUCUGCCUUGGAAGCCCUCAACUCUGCAGUCCUGGCAGCCAUGGACAAGACCAAGCUGUGCUACGAGUCGUCCUCCAAGAUGGAGCAGUUCCUGACCCGCUUCCUGCUGCGGGAAACCACGCAGCAGCUGCAGUCCCUGCAGGCCUCGCUCGAGUGUGCCGCGGACACGGUGGAGGAGCAGGCGGGACGGGACAGUCCUCGCAGGAGGGACGUGAGGCAGCCCGAGGCCUCGGUGGGCCCCAGGCCGGGGCGGCGAUGUGGGCGCAGAGGGCAGAGGAACGUCUGUGUGUCACCCACAGAUCCCUACUCUGGGAUGCUGAGCACAGGUGUUUGUGUGGAGGACAACAGCCAGUGGAUGGCCCAGGUGAACAGGCUGCAGCAGCUCAUCGAGAAGCUGGAGUGCAAGAGCCCACGCCUGGAGCCGCUGAAGGACGAAGCCCUGUGCCAAGGCAGAGAUGCACACAUCCUGGUAGCCAAGAGGCAGAUCUCAGUGGCCACGAGCAGCAUCGAGGAGUUCCGCCAGGCCUUCAGGUCCUACACGGAGGUCACGGCUGGGCAGAGCAGCUGCCUGCAUGUGGCUGCCUGCAAGCUGACUGACGAGGCCUGUUUCAUCCUCUAUGAGUUCUGGCAGGACGUGACGUCCUGGAGAAGCCACCUGCAGUCCAGUUGCAGCAAGACCUUCCAGCGGGCCAUCAUCAGCUUGCUGGAGUCCCCAGAGCUGCUGACCACCAUGCUUUUCCCAGCUUCCUGGUGGAUUAUGAACAACAACUGACCCAGGGCAGCUGCUCCCAGGGCGCCGGUGGCAGGCGGGAGGCUGUGGAGCCGUGGGAAGGAUGCGGAGCCCUCAGAUUCGUCCCCCUCUGCUCCUCAUCCCCCUCUGCCCCUCGUCCCCUCCCUGCCAGCAUUUCACCCUUUGGCUCUUCCCACGUUACUUCAUGCCCCUCCCCAGGCUGUGCUGGUGCCGUGGGCACACUGAGCCCUCCCAGCAGCCUCCCGGGAGCGCUCUGGGGAGCACUGGGCUGGCUUCUGCAUCCUGGCAGCCCUCAGCCCCUCUUCCAGCCGGCCCUUCUUCCUCCCCAGCUCCUCUUCCUCGCGGUGCAGAGGACAGGCUGAGGCUCCCAGGGGUGCAGGGGAAGGGGCUGUGGCCAGCAGUUCCUGUGCCCAGCGAGCCAGGCCGCCUCCUGCUUGUGAAUACAGCAAAGGCAGUGGCUGCUGUAGGGGGUGUGGGCUGGGCUGGGUAGGCUGUGCUGCCUGAGCCUGGGCUCCUGCUGCCCACCAUGGCUGUGCCCCCUGCCCCUGCUGUGGCUAAUGGCUAAACCAGCCUUGGCACCAGCUGUGAGGCUGCCAGACGGGGGUUGUAAUG